AUGCAGCAAGCUGAGGCGUGUGGAAACGCCAAUCGGACUGGACGUCUCGAUGUCGUAAAGAGCUCUCGAUCAAGUCUUGCAGGUACUCAGUAUCUAGUCUUGAAGGUGGAAGACGAGGGAGUCAUCACGAAGUCGGAUACCUACAUCUGGCAUCAGGAUACGAACUCGUAA